CCUCUCUUCAGUUUCCUCCAACCUUCUUCUUCUUCUCUGAACAAACAAAAAAAGAUCUGUUUCAAUGGCGGAUCGUGUUAAAGGUCCAUGGAGUCAAGAAGAAGAUGAGCAGCUACGUAGGAUGGUGGAGAAAUACGGUCCGAGGAAUUGGUCGGCGAUUAGCAAAUCGAUUCCAGGUCGAUCUGGUAAAUCGUGUAGAUUACGGUGGUGUAAUCAGUUAUCCCCGGAGGUUGAGCAUCGUCCUUUCUCGCCGGAGGAGGAUGAGACUAUUGUAACGGCUCGUGCUAAGUUUGGUAACAAAUGGGCGACGAUUGCUCGUCUUCUCAACGGUCGUACGGAUAACGCCGUUAAAAAUCACUGGAACUCGACGCUUAAGAGGAAAUGCAGCGGAGGUGUGGCGGCGGUGACGGCGAUGACGGUGACGGAGACGGAUGAGGAGGAGGAUCGGCCGAAGAAGAGGAGAUCUGUUAGCUUUGAUUCUGCUUUUGCUCCGGUGGAUACUGAGAGUCCUAAUGGAUUCGAUGUUAGUGAUUCAAGCACGAUUCCGUCUCCGUCGUCUCCGGUUGCUCAGCUUUUUAAACCAAUGCCGAUUUCCGGCGGAUUCUCCGGUGUUCCCCCUCCGCCGUUACCGGUUGAAAUGUCUUCGUCUUCUGAGGAUCCGACGACUUCGUUGAGUUUGUCACUACCUGGAGCUGAGAACACGAGUUCGAGCUACAUCAACAACAUCAACAACAACAACAACGCGUUGAUGUUUCCGAGAUUUGAGAGUCAGAUGAAGAUUAAUGUAGAGGAGAGAGGAGGAGGAGAAGGACGUAGAGGUGAGUUUAUGACGGUGGUGCAAGAGAUGAUUAAAGCUGAAGUGAGGAGUUACAUGGCGGAGAUGCAGAGAACGAGUGGUGGUGGAUUCGUCGUCGGAGGUUUUAGGGAUUGUGGAAUAAUAACACCUAAGGUUGAGUAGGUUUUGGACUUUGGUUUAGGAACUCGAAUCGAUUGGGGAUUUUCAAAAGCAUUCAUUUUUGGGUUUAUGGUUAAAUAAAUUAUAAAAAAAAUGUACAGAGGAAUUAAAAUUUCUAUGGAAUAAUCUUAAAUCUCAAAUGUCUCUCUUUUGUUA